GAAUAUAAAGCCUGUUAAACGAAUUCACACUUUUAGGUUUAGCAGUCACUGUUUAUACCGACAGCAAAAUUUUUAUAAAUAUAACGAUCCUUUAUACGAUUUUUUUAAACCUAAAACAUCUAACAUAAAUCAUAUUUCCUGUGAACACAUUCAAUAUUACUUAUUUCAUUUUUGCAUACAAUUUCGGGAUAUAGUUUUAUGAUGGUCAUACUUUUCCCAGUAAUGCCAACUGCAGACGCCGAGUUGUCAAAAAAGGCAAAAUGGCCGAAAGAAAGGAAUAAAGACUCCUUCGAUUUAUAAAGUUAUUUUAAUUAUAUUUUCAUUUACAUUGUGCGAUAGAGUUAAAUAAAGUAGUCCAAAAUGCGGGAAAUAAAUAUCAAUAUAGAAGGAUACAAUGUGAACGGCAUAUGUGUCGGUUGUUUGAACUAUAAUCGUAAAAUGUUUUAUUGUAAUCAAAUAAAAGAGUGCUUUAAAUUACUUGGAGAUAUCGAUGUGCCCGAUGGUCUCCAAGUCCAAGUUUGCUGGGAGUGCCUCUCCGCUGUCCAAGCGUCGCUCCGGUUCAGAAACCUCAUCGUUGACUCGUACAAUGUCCUCAUUGAUUACUCCCGAAAACACACAUUCCUCAACGCUCCAUCAGACCUGUCUGCCCAUGCCCGACAGAGACUCAAUGUCACCGAGCCGGAGGUCUCCGAGCUGCAGGACCUGGUCCGGAUAGAGGUGGAUGUCAGCGUGGUUAAAGAGGAGACUAAGGAGGAGCUAGUUGAGGAAUCAGAACCAGUGAAAUCCGAGACAGAUUACUUCGACACCGACUUCCCUGACGCUCCUGGCCCAGAAUCCUCAGAGGAUGACGUGCAGCUGUCCAAGCUGAAGAGGAAAAAGGAUAGAAAGACAAAGAAGGUGAAGAAGAAGAGAGAGGGACGACAGAGGGCGCUGAAAGUGAAGGUUAAGACUGAUGAAAUAAAAACGGAGAAGGACCAGCAACGCAGCCUCCGCAAACUGAAGAAUCUGCCGACAGAUCUGGUGGAGUUGUACACCAUGACCGAGGAAGAGAUGUGGGAGGUGAGGGCUGAAGAUGUGAGCAGCGCAGAGUUCUGCGCCCUCAAGUACAAGUGUUCUGACUGUGUCAUCGGGUUCAACUCGGAGAGGCUCAUGCAGGACCACAUGCAGGGGAAACAUGUGCCGAAAAGUCCGUCCUGCCACCAAUGCGACGUGUGCCGCGCGUACUUCCUCACGCGCGACAACGUGUCCUCGCACCGCGCGCUGCACUUCGCCGCGUACCGCUGCACCGCGUGCGGCGCGCGCACGGCGCUCAAGCGGCGCAUGUUGGCGCACGCACGCACGCAUCGCGAGCAAGCCGUCACGUGCCAGACGUGCGGGGAACAGUUCAGUACAAAAUCGAAGUUAUCCUACCACCGAGGAGUGUGUAACCAGGCGAGACCACAGUGCGACUGUUGCGGUAAAGUGUUCGCUAACAAGAUGACGCUCAAGUACCAUCUCAAGAUCCUGCCUCAGAAUAAAGAAGAUAAACCUAAAGAGAAGCUAUACAUAACGUGCAAGGGCUGUGAUAAGGUCUUCCACUCCAAGAAGAGUUACCGAGCGCAUGUCGUGAUACACGACGGCCUAACCUACCCGUGUCCCAUUUGCGGAAAACUGUUCCAGUGGAAACGGAACCUGGCGCGACACACAAGGAACCAUAGAGAUCGCGACGCAGGCGCCACGCACGAAUGCCGGGACUGCGGCAAAACGUUCAGCUCGCGCGACUGCUACAACAACCACAUGAAACUGAGCAAGCGACACGUUCAAGAGGACGCUUAUGUACACGAAUGCUCGUACUGCGGCAAGAAAUUCGCAACGAAAUGGUGCAUGGUGGACCACAUAGACUGGGACCAUCUCAAGCGGAUCAAGUACCAGUGCAGCGUCUGCUUCAAAGCAUUCAAAACGGCAAAGAUAAUGGUGGCACACAUGAAUAAUAUUCACGAGGGCAAGAAAAACCGCGAGCCGGAGGGCGAACAUCUGUGCGAGAUCUGUGGCAAGUCUUACAAGACGGUGAAGCGACUGAAAGGCCACGUGUGGGCCAUGCACACGAACCGCUCAACAACUAAAAGCUUCAAAUGCAAGCUCUGCCCAGCCACCUUCACCUGGCAGACCUCCAUCUACAAGCACGUCAAGAUGAUGCACGACAAGCGGCCGAAGCAAAUCCGUCCCCUGCCGGCCAAGAAGCCGGAGUUUCCCGGCGCCGAGCUGAUCGCCCGCGAGUACUUCCAGCAACCCGCCGGCCUCGCGCACAUACCCCUACACAACAUCGUCCAAAACAUCGUAUAACACGACCUCACUAGUGGCAAAGAAUAAAUAAUAGUACUAAACUGAAAAUUGUAAUUCAAGACCAAAAAAAGUAAGACAAUGUUGCCACUGCAAUAAUUUGUUUGUAAAAUAGUAAAUCCCUUUUUUAUAAAUAAACACGCUAAGAUAAUUUAUUUAUUGGUAAUUUUACUACUACGAUUUAAAAAAGUACUUUUUAUUACUUGUUUUUUUUUUUAGACGCGCUAGUAAAAAGUGGCAACAUUGUCUUACUUGUCUUGAUUUACGAUUAUCAGUUUAGGUACAGAAAAUUCACUCUCUAACAAAACGCGUCUGUUACGAUCAGGACAGAUAUGGCCGCUAGAUGGCGACAGCGCCACGCGCGGCUUAUGGCUAGCCACCUAAAUUGGUGUGGAACGGAUGUACUUGUAGCUACCUGUUGCAAAGCGACGAAAUCGCCUGCUAGUGGCUUGGAGAGCUGCAUCUCGAUCCCCCGUGACUCCAACAUUUUGGAAAAAUUCCAAAUGAUGAAUGUAUAAAAAAAAUCUAGUCUGUCAAGCCAUUACCGUCAGUAGAAAUAGAAAAAAAAGCGGAAAAUUUAAAGUGUCGGCGAGAAGGGUUAUCGUCCCAUAAAAAAACCUUUUUCUACUGACAAAGUUGUUUGACCGGCUAUAUCGUCGGGUGACAAGCAAAACUCACUAAGUACUAUCAAAAAAUUAAAGUAACAAUGCACUUUAUUACACUUGUAACACGGUUUAUUGUCCAAUAAUUUCAAUGAUGUUAGUUAGUGACUUUUGCUUGUCACCCGAUGAUAUGUAUUAAUCACGAAAUUUCACGAGAAUCCAUUGAGAAAUGGACCUGUAGAGGAGACCUAUCGUGCGCGGCGCGCCAUCGUGAACCUUGUCCGAAUGCGCGAAGGUUAAUAUUGGGCUGUAGCCCCGCGCGUCAUUUGAUGUCUUGAGCGGUCAACGGGUUAUUGCAAAAUUUACCAGUGAUCUAAAAUUAAUGUAGAAUAUUUAUUUUAAAGCUUUAUUUUUACACUACAAUCAUAUCUUAGCUUUACUUUAUACAGUAUUUUAUUGCCAUAAUAUUGUACUUAACUUUAAGCAUUAAUUAUAGUUUUUAUACAAAUUAAAAGCAAUACUGGAAAAUAAUUGUUUUUUAUUUCA